UUCACAGAGGAAAACUUCAAAGCUUCCCACGAAUCUCUAAAGUCUAAACUUCUGUAUACGCUUUUAAUUUUUUAAACAGAGAGAGGAAACCAGAUUCGGACCCAAGACCCGAAAAUGCCGAUCGGGUGGGUCAAAUCCUUACAUUGCAAAUCAAGAGCUUUCGACGAUGUCUAUCAUCACUCCAACAACGGUAAACUCUUGUUGCCAAGUUACAGCUGCAGAAAAUCCAUCAGAGACGUCGUCGAAACCCGAUCCGGAUCCGGUAAGAAAAACCCAAAACCAAACCCAAAUUUAAGGCGUUUACGUUCUUCUUCUCGACCCGAAUCAGAAUCCAAUUCUUAUAACCCGACCCGACGAAGCGUAUCCGCAAGAGCUUCUUCGGAAUCUGCGUUGCCCGUUCUGACCGAUCUGCCCGAUGGCCAUCCUUCGAGAAACGUCGUGGAGAUUAUAUUCCAAUCGAGCUGGAGCUCCGAAGAUUUUCCGGGUCGGGUCGAAAUGAUUUUUAAAGUCGAAAACGGGUCGAGAGCUGUGACCCGGUUUGAGGAAUACAGAGAGGCUGUGAAAUCGAGAUCGCGCUCGAAAUUGGAUACCGACGACGGCGCGUGCGACGAGGACGCGAGAUGUUCGGCAGACGGGAACGAGAUGAUGAGGUUUUAUCCGUUGGGUCCGAUCCCGGGAGGGAUUAACGGCGGCGCGUGGGUUUUUCCGGGAGGUAAAGGAGCGGCGGUUUGCACGUUUUCUGGGAGCGGUGAAGCGCACGAUAGCACAGGCGGCGGAGGAGGGAGGAGAGCGAUGCUGAUUUGUAGAGUAAUCGCGGGUCGGGUUGCUAAGCAAGGCGAAUUCGGGUCGGAUUCAGUUGCGGGUCCAGCUGGUGAGUUGCUUGUCUUCGAUGCACGCGCUGUGUUGCCUUGUUUCCUAAUCUUUUUCAGAUUGUAAAAAACGAAAUAUAUAUAUAUAUAUAUAAUUAUAAUACAAAAUUUUUUUACAUUUUGGUUUCA